GCUCUAUCCUCUCCCACCACCCAUCGCUUCGCCGGUAUCCGCAGCCAGCCAGCGCCCAAGAAUGGCGUCGGCACCCUCCCGCGCCCUCCCCUUCCUCUCGCCGCCGUCCACCGCCCCCGCCUCCGCCUCCCUGCGCGCCCCCUCCAGCCGCCUCCGCUGCGCGGCCGCCGCCGGCCAGGCCGGCUUCUUCACCCGCCUCGGCCGCCUCAUCAAGGAGAAGGCCAAGAGCGACGUCGACAAGCUCUUCUCCGGCUUCUCCAAGACCCGCGAGAACCUCUCCGUCGUCGACGAGCUGCUCACCUACUGGAACCUCGCCGACACCGACCGCGUCCUCGACGACCUCGAGGAGGCGCUGCUGGUGUCGGACUUCGGGCCCAAGAUCUCGUUCCGGAUCGUCGACACCCUCCGCGACCAGAUCCGCGACGGCAAGCUCAAGUCCGGGACCGAGAUCAAGGCGUCGCUGAAGAGAUGCAUCCUCGAGCUGCUCACGACCAAGGGCAGCAAGACUGAGCUGCAGCUCGGCUUCAGGUUCUGCCUGCCCUCUGCUGGACUGAAUGAGGCAAUGGCCACUAGUUUACCAUUGUUGAGUGGUGUCUCAAUUUUGAGUGUGCUUGGUCGUUUUGGCAGGAAGCCGGCAGUCAUCAUGAUUGUGGGAGUGAACGGAGGCGGCAAGACGACAUCGCUAGGAAAACUUGCCUACAGAUUUAAGAAUGAAGGAGCCAAGGUAUUGAUGGCAGCAGGUGAUACCUUCCGGGCAGCAGCUCGUGACCAGCUAGAAAUUUGGGCUGAGAGGACUGGCUCAGAGAUUGUUAUCGAUAAUGAUAAGAAGGCACAGGCUCCAUCAGUUCUUUCGCAGGCAGUAAAACGUGGGAAGCGUGAAGGAUUUGAUGUUGUGCUGUGUGAUACGUCAGGACGACUUCAUACAAAUUACGGUCUGAUGGAAGAGUUGGUUUCUUGCAAGAAAGUCAUAGCUAAAGCCCUGCCUGGUGCUCCUAAUGAGAUCUUGCUGGUUCUGGAUGGCACAACUGGAUUAAAUAUGCUACAGCAAGCGAAGGAGUUCAACGAUGUUGUUGGAAUCACAGGAUUCAUCCUGACGAAGUUAGACGGGACUGCUCGUGGUGGCUGCGUGGUGAGCGUGGUAGACGAACUUGGAAUUCCAGUCAAGUUUGUUGGCGUCGGCGAAGGGGUGGAAGAUCUCCAACCUUUUGAUGCAGAGGCAUUUGUUGAAGCCAUUUUCCCAUAAAUUUGACCCUGUUACUAGUGUUUCUCAUGUAACAAUAUUUUGGCUAACAUGCUAGAACUUAUUAGAAGCAAUUUUUUUCAACAAUUACAGUUUUUUUGGUUCAGUCGUCGACUCACCUGCCUCGCUUGUUUCAGUCAUUGAUCCUAACUAUUCAUGCAGAACAUAAGCAAGUGUUCAUGCUAUUAUAUGAUUAUUGUGAUUAAGCUCA